AUGGAGUUGUUGCGUCUGCUCCUGUCGCAUCCGUACGUCACGGCCGCUGCCGUGACGGUGGGAUAUCUGCUGUCUGCGGCGGUCUAUCGUCUGUGGCUCUGUCCGAUCGCCCAUUUCCCCGGGCCGCGGUUGGCCGCGUUGACGGUGAUGUAUGAGUUCUACUGGGAUACGAUUUGCUGUGGGCAGUUUACCUUUCAUAUCGGCGAACUGCACAAGAAAUAUGGCCCCAUUGUUCGCAUCAGUCCGACCGAACUGCACGUCAGUGACCCGGACUACUAUGAAGUGAUCUACUCCCGCGACAGCCCGCGCAACAAAUACAACUACUACCAGCGCACCUUCAACGCGCCCUUGGCCCUGAUCACCGCCGAAGACCAUUUCCGCCACCGCUUGAUCCGUUCGCAUAUGAAUCCGUUCUUCUCGACGAUGCGCAUCCGCCAGCAGGAGCCUGUCCUCAGGGCCCUGAUCAACAAGCUUUGUGGCCGCCUGGAGGAGUGGAAGAACACCGGCAAGCCGCUGCAUAUCGAGCACGCCCUGACCUGCUACACGACGGACGUGAUCACCGACUACACCAUGGGCGAGGGUUAUCACUACCUCGACGAGCCCGACUUCAUCCCGCAGUGGUACCACACCCUCACGGGGACGGCGCGAACGCUGGUCUUUAUCCGCCCGGUUGCGUUCCUGCUGCCGCUGCUGCUGGCCAUGCCAGAGUCGGUGACCGCGUGGCUGAACCCGGGCAUGGAGCUGUUCUUUGAUUUCCAACGCCGCUGCCGCAAGCUCAUCCAUAAGAUCGCGACUGACCACCUUGAAAAGGGCUCGCAUGCCGUCGACCAGAAAGGCCGGCUGACCCUCUUCGACGAUGUCCUCAGCAGCGACUUGCCGGAGCAGGAAAAGAGUGAGGCCCGGUUGGCGCAGGAGAUGCAGAUUCUCGUGUCGGCCGGCGCCGAAACCACUGCCAAGGCGAUGACUUAUAUUUUAUUCUACCUCCUGGACAACCCGGAGCUGCUCAAAAAGCUGAAGGCGGAGCUGGAGCCUCUGGGCCCAGAUCCGGCGUUGAUCCAGCUGGAACAGCUGCCUUAUUUGACUAGCGUGAUGCUGGAGGGAAUUCGUCUUUCAUAUGGAGUGACUGCUCGUCUCCCUCGAAUCGCACCAUACAACGCGCUCAAGUACAAGGACUGGACCAUCCCUCCUGGAACGCCGAUCAGCAUGAGCUGUCUUCUGAUGCAUCACGACGAAUCGGUCUUCCCCGACUCCUACCGCUUCGACCCCGAACGAUGGACCGACCUGACCGAGCGCAAGCGGCUGGAGAAAUACAUGGUCGCGUUCUCGAAGGGGUCGCGACAGUGUAUCGGCAUGCAGUAUGUUCCCAAUGCUCCUCGCAUUCGUACUCGUGUAGGCCGUAUGGGGUACGCUAACAUCGCUAGUCUUGCUCGGGCCGAGAUCCUCAUGGUCAUCAGCACCCUGCUGCAGCGUUUCGAGUUCGAGCUGUAUGAGACCACUGUGGAGGACGUUCGGGUGAAACACGACAUCUUCAUUCCGUUCACGAAGCUCGACAGCGAAGGCGUGCGAGUCUUGAUCAAGGGCUGA